AGGAAAGAUGGCGGAAGGAGGAGCGGCUGAUCUGGAUACCCAGAGAGGAGAGGUCGCGGCACUGCUGAAAACACAGCUAAGAAAGGGAGACACUUGGUACCUUGUGGACAGUCACUGGUUUAAACAGUGGAAGAAAUAUGUGGGAUUUGACAGUUGGGACAAAUACCAGAUGGGAGACCAGAAUGUCUACCCAGGACCAGUUGAUAACUCUGGUCUUCUCAGAGAUGGGGAUGUGCUGGCCAUCAAGGAGCACCUCAUCGAUGAGCUUGACUACAUCCUGGUCCCCACAGAGGGCUGGAAUAAGCUUGUCAGUUGGUAUGGAUUGACAGAGAGUCAGGAGCCAAUUGCACGCAAGGUGGUGGAGCAGGGUAUGUUUGUGAAGCACUGCAAGGUGGAGGUGUACCUGACGGAGCUGAAGCUCUGUGAAGACAGCAACAUGGACAAUGUGAUCACCAGACGCUUCAGUAAAGCUGACACCAUAGAUAUGAUUGAGAAGGAGAUGAGGAAGCUGUUCAGCAUCCCUGAUGAGAAGGAGACCAGGCUGUGGAACAGGUACAUGAGCAACACCUUUGAGCCUCUCAACAAACCCGACAGCACCAUUCAAGAUGCCGGCCUCUACCAAGGACAGGUUCUCGUAAUAGAGCAGAAGAAUGAGGAUGGCACUUGGCCCCGAGGCUCCACGGCACCCAAGUCAUCUGGUGCUUCCAAUCUCUCUGCUUUGCCAAAGAUCUCGCCUUCAUCUCUCACAAACAAUCAUAACAGCAGCUUCAACAGCAGGAAUGUGAAGAAUUCAAGCUAUAGUCUAUCGUCCUACCACCCCUACAGCAACAGCUAUGACUACUCAGACCAGAGCAGGCAGAGCGAGCGCUCGGGCCUCUGUGGACUCUCCAACCUGGGCAACACCUGCUUCAUGAACUCUGCUGUGCAGUGUUUAAGCAAUAUUCCUCCACUGACGGAGUACUUCCUCAAAGACAAGUACACAGACGAGCUAAACGAGGACAACCCGCUGGGCAUGAAGGGGGAGAUUGCCAGAGCCUACGCCGAGCUUAUCAAGCAGCUGUGGUCGGGCAAAUACAGCUACGUCACCCCAAGGCCUUUCAAGACCCAGGUGGGCCGCUUUGCUCCACAGUUCUCCGGCUACCAACAGCAGGACUCCCAUGAGCUGCUGGCCUUUCUCUUGGACGGCCUUCACGAAGACUUGAACCGCAUCAGGAAGAAGCCCUAUAUUCAGCUAAAGGACGCGAACGGCAGACCUGAUAAGGUGGUGGCGGAGGAGGCGUGGGAGAACCACAUUAAGAGAAACGACUCCAUCAUUGUCGACAUCUUCCAUGGACUUUUUAAGUCCACCCUGGUGUGUCCCGUGUGCUCCAAGGUCUCUGUGACCUUCGAUCCUUUCUGCUACUUGACCCUGCCCCUGCCCAUGAAGAAGGAGCGGACACUGGAGGUCUAUCUGGUCAGACUGGACCCUCUGGCCAAACCCACGCAGUACAAGCUGACGGUGCCAAAGGUUGGCUACAUCUCCGACCUGUGUACCUCCCUCUCCAACCUGUCUGGGGUGCCUGCUGAGAAGAUGAUUGUAACUGACAUCUAUAACCACCGUUUCCAUCGGAUCUUCGCCACUAACGAGAACCUCAGCAGCAUCAUGGAGAGAGAUGAUAUCUAUGUAUUUGAGCUGGCGGUGAACAGGGUGGAGGACACAGACCAUGUAGUGAUCCCAGUGCACCUGAGGGAGAAGUACAAACAGUCAGGCUACAACCACACCAGCACGCCGCUGUUCGGACAGCCCUUCCUCCUCGCCGUCCCCAGAACCCUCAGUGAAGACAAACUCUACAACAUGCUGCUCCUGCGCCUGUGCCGGUUUGUGCGAUCAUCAGUAGAGGAGGAUGAAGAGGACUGUGAGGAGACACAGCCAUCCAAACAACACACUGUCAAUGGUAACGCCACUAAUGGACUGCUGGAGGAGGGGUCGCCAAGCGAGAUGGAGACUGACGAGCAGGACGACGAGUCCAGUCAGGAUCAGGAGUUGCCCUCUGAGAACGACAACAGCCAGUCGGAGGACUCUGUGGGCGGCGACAACGAGCUGGAGAACGGUGUUGUCGGUCCACAGAACUCCACUAAAGGCCAGCAGACGGCCGGGCACAACAGAAAGAGACUUUUUACAUUCCAGUUCAAUAACAUGGGAAAAACGGACUUCUCGCUCAUCAAGGAGGACACCAGGCAGAUCCGCUUUGACGAGGGACACCUCCGACUCAGCGACCGCUCUUAUCUUUCUUUGGACUGGGAACCAGAGGUGAAGAAGAAGUACUUUGACGAGACCGUCGUGGAGGACUUUGACAAGCAUGAGAGCAUGGAGUACAAGCCUCAGAAGAAAGCUUUCUUCAAGCUGAAGGAUUGCAUCGAACUUUUUACCACAAAGGAAAAACUGGGAGCAGAGGACCCAUGGUACUGUCCAAACUGCAAGCAGCACCAACAGGCCACUAAGAAGCUGGACCUGUGGUCUCUGCCACCGGUGCUGGUGGUCCAUCUGAAACGCUUCUCUUACAGCCGUUACAUGAGGGAUAAACUGGACUCGCUUGUUGAUUUUCCACUCAGAGACCUGGACAUGUCGGAGUUCCUGAUCAACCCCAACGCUGGGCCCUGUCGCUAUGACCUCAUUGCUGUGUCCAACCACUAUGGCGGGAUGGGUGGAGGCCACUAUACGGCUUACGCCAAGAACAAAGACGACGGGAAGUGGUACAACUUUGAUGACAGCAGUGUGUCUCCUGCCAACGAAGAUCAAAUAGUGUCUAAAGCCGGCUACGUGCUCUUCUACCAGCGCCAGGACACGGUGAAAGGCACCGGCUACUUCGCUCUCGACCGUGAGGAAGAGGAGGACGAUGAAGAGGAGGAGGAGGAAGGAGAAGACGAGGAGAACGAAGGCGAGGAGAGGCAGGAGAGAAAGCCCGCUUCCUCGGCUCAGGGCGCCUCAUCUGCCGCAGGUGCCUCUGCCUCCGCCGCCGCUCAGAGCGACGAGGAGGACCUGAACGAGAACCGGCGCAGGAAGAACGACAAUGAGCAGGAAGAGGAGGAGGAGGAGGAAGAAGAGGAUGAAGAGGAGGAGGAGGAGGAGGAGGAGCAGGCGCCCAAUCGGGACGUCACCAUGAAAACCAACUGAGGCAGACAGAAAUAAAUGGAGAGAGAGACUAGGAUCUUUCCAUCCAAAGCCAUAUGGACAAACAGCAUGGCAGCGGGCGCCACCGGUAUCACCCAGCGGCUCGGACUCGGCCCUGUGACAGGCUGAGCCACUGCGGGGGGUGACGACUGUUCAGCCAGGGAGCUGCCGGGGUACGCAACUCUAGGAAAUCAGGGCCCUCCUCUGUGGUUGGAUCACUGUGUGUGUGUGUGUGCGUGUGUGUGUGUGUAAAGUGUGUGUCGCCACGUCCAUCCGUUUAGGAUUUGCUCACUGAACGACACUGGGGACGGAUUCAGACGCUUCACAGUACAUCGGUGUCGCGCUCUUAACCGCCCUCUUGCUUUUCGUGUUCCUUUGUUGUUUUUUUUAUAUAUUUUUGAGAGCAAGUUGGCAUAUCGUUUUAUUAUCAUUUAAACCAUGUAAAUAUUUUAAACACUGAAUUAUAUCGGGUUUUCAUGAUGCGCUGAAACAUUUUUGAACUUGCACAAUCACCAACCAUCCACUUUUUUUAUGUGUUAUUGCCAGACAUACUGCAAUUGUUGAAUAAUGACGUCUCAGAAGGUUUUCUCUCAUAAAAAGCUUAGGAAGCUGCCUUUAGUACGCCAGUGGUCAGACGCGUGUACAGUCUAACGCAGAGAGCGACGCUCAUAGUUAUUAUAAAGUGUCAAACAGCCUAACUGUCUUCGCUUUGCUGCUGCUGCUGCAAUCUUGCAUUUUUAGGCAAAGAAUCAGUGUAUUAGCAUGAACCUUAAAGGUCCUGCUUUUGCUGUCUAUCUCUGGUCUCGUUUAUAUUUCUUAAACCCUAAAAUAAAGGCGGAUUGAGACGUUAUCAAGCUAACUUGUAAGUUUGCACAUUUUCUCUGCAAAAAUGAAUCAGUAAAAGGUGUUUCACUUUGUCUUAACAUAAUGUGCAGCAAAUAUGUGUUUAAAAGUAAGCUGGACUCCGAUCCUGCACCACCAAUCUCUUCUUCAGCUCUCCCUCUUUAAAGGGAUAGUUCAGAUUUUUUAAGUGGGUUUUUAGGGGUUAAUUAGUAUAUUACAAACAGAUGUCAGUCGAAACGCCCUCAGUUUGGAGAAGCAGGCUGGAGUUUGACCUGGAAGUUGAGUAAUGUUCUGCUGUGGAGGGCUCAGCAAUAAAAUGUACUUUAGCCAUUAGGUUUGUAGCGAUAUACUGAUUUUAAGGUAUACUGUGAUAUGAGAGUUGACACUAACCAUUACUAACCGUUCUGUUUUCAUUCUUUUAAGGGUCUUUCUGACUGAAUAACAAUUAUGUAAAACUGCAAUAAUUCUAAGAUAGAUAACAUACCAGGGAAAUCUCUACUGGCCACCCAAAAACAGCCCCACAGAAAGAAAUCAGUGUCAGUUUAAGUGUGCACUAUACUGAGAGUAUUUUCACUGCUUCACAUUUUUGUCUGACAGUGAUUUGAAAUGGGAAAUUGAAGCCGUAAUAUCGCUCAGUAAUUUAACAUUGCUGAACGCAGGAGCUGCUGGUCAGAUCGUUUGUAUGUGUUAUUGCGUGACUUUCGAAAAGGUAAAUUCGGGUUCACUAAAGUCACACAAUGACACAAACUAACUGAUCGAAACAGCUGUAGAACAGCAGCUCCCGUGUUCAGAAAACUAAAAUGACUGGUUUUGUCAGUGGAGUCUGGUUGACUUUGACGAGAGUGUAGAUGGGGGACUGAAGCUGUUAACUGCUUUCACAUUGAAACAGGCCGUUUGACGUAAAGGUAAAGCAGUGAAAAUACUCGAAAUAUCGCCUAAACUUAUCUUGAUUUUUCUCUUACUUGGCUAAAACACCUUUUUUUUUGCUGGCCUCCAUUCACAGCAGUGCAUUGCUUAGCUGUCAUGUCGAUUUCCGGCCUGCUUCUCCAAACUAUGGGCGUUCCAGCUGACACCUACUGUUUGUAAUACACUGACUAUGGAAAAAUACCUCAUACAACUACACUUCAAAAACUCAAAACUAUCCCUUUAAGUUAUUCAUAGACGGUGUUUAAAGCUUUACCACGGCUCUGCUCUCUCUCUCCUCUUCACAUUCGAGGCGCUGCGAGAUUAAGAACAUCGGUGAUUUUGGCUGACAUCAGAUGGAUCAUCUCUUGUUCGGAUCACCUCGGCCUUAACUCUUAAUCUCAAACUGGUUGCCUUUUCUUUGCACAUCGCCACUCUCGCAACCCCCUCCCCCCCACACUUUCAUACACCACAAAUGUCUGUCUGCUCGUUACAUCCCAAGCCACGUCAUUUAAAAUGUUUUUUUUAACCCCACAAGAGGGCCAGAAUGUACGUUACAUGGAACUGACCAGAUGUAUGUGGCUGAUGCCUUUUUGAUUCUUUCUCGGGCCAGAUCCCUCUUUUCUUUUCUCCCUUUCUUGGUUUGGUUGAAUGUGAUCAUAAUGGGUUAUGCGCCUUUGAUAUUAGCUGUAUGAAUUCUUGGGUACUGCUGAAUGCGUCCUUUCCAGAGAGGGGAAAUAAUGCUUCUUUGUGGUCCUGAGCUUUGAGGAUGGGGCGGGAGGUGAAAACUGCGGGGUGAGUCUGCCUAAAAGGCCAAUCAGCUUUUGGGAUCAUGAUACAGUGAAAAUAUUUUGUGGCAGAUUGUUGCAGGAUAUUCCUCCAUCGACGUAACUCAUGAUAAAAACUAUUCUCCAUGGUGGAGUGUUUUCUUUUUCUACCUGUUCUUCCAUUGUAAACAGCAUUAGCGUACCUGUUGUUGCCUCAGAAUAUUAGAUGUGUACCAUGCCUUUAUGAGCGUCUCUGUGCUUUGACUUCAGCGGGCUUCACCGCCCCGGCGCUGCCUUGCUUUUCGGGCGACUCACCCCCCCAAAAUCCUGACUGAGUGAGAUGUGAUUGCUACUAUAGGCUUAUACAAUACUGUACAUAAGAGUUCACUCUGUGAGUGCACAUUUGAUAAAGUUUAUUUAUUUAUAUGUAAGCAUUUAAUAAUAAACAGACAAUAUAUUUAAAACCUCGGCAAGACGUGAAAUGUCGGGGGGGAAAUGUGGCUCCAGUCCACACGUACACACUAGUUUGCAAAAGUCUUGCCUGUGCUCUUGUCAGGGAGGGAAUAUUUUUAAGAAAGGAUGGUUCUGUUGUUUUGGGACUUUUUUUGUAAAAAUAAUCCAGACAUCCUUGCAUGACAACAUAACGGGGGUUUCCAGGUUUGGCUGCACUUGAGUUCACUUGGGUUUACAUUUGAAAUGUGCAUGUGUAUUUAUACACAAUCUUCAAUAAAGUUGUGUAAAGCUU